GAAAUGUGCAGACCAUGAUUUAAAAAAUACCCAGUUGUUGUCACCACCACCACUGCUGGAAAUGUGCUGACGUUGCCUCAUAAUUACCCGUUUGUUGUUGCAUCAAACACCUCUGUGAAUGUCACAUCAUUGCCCUAAAGAUACCCAGUUAUUGUUGCCACAAGCACAGCUGGAAAUGCCACAACCAUGUCUUAAAAAUACAGUUAUUAUUGCCACACACACCACUGAAAAUGCCACCACAUGUUGUUAAAAAACAUGGCUGGUCUCAAACAGGUCUGCUGCUUUGCAUCCGUCUCUAUUAGCUCUCACGCCAUCCACCAUCCCCUUCUUCUGAUAUGAAACUGAGCUCAUAGACAUGUAAUCUAAACUAUGUCACUUUAGAAACGUUGAUGUGAUAUGUAUAAAAUGCAAAUGUGAUGUAUCUGUGGUGGGCAGAAAUGUAUGAUGCCAACAUUUUCUUCUGGAGACUGGGCUGCAUAAACAUGCCUAAAUGUUUGGGCAAACCUAAAGUUAGAGAAGUUAGAUGAAGUAUUCUUCUGUAGAGGUCAAUGUUGCCAUAAAUCACCACACAACAUUGAAGGCUGAUUAUCAUUCCCUCAUUAUUAGAGGGUCGAGUCCUCGAAGCUGGCAACAGAAGGCUUUGUCAGUGCCACUCACACCUUCAUCAUCACUCCCACAAGUGAAACCAAGGUCAUAUUGUGUCUCACAUGAAUACCUGUCCACGUAAGCAGCAUAUAAGUCCUUGGACUCUCAGUCGCUCUCUGUGUAGUGUGAUGAAGUUCACCCAGUUAUAACAUUCUUCUGUUUGCAGAUGAAAGGUCAUUCUGUGACCUCCAUGUCUGUACAUGUGCAUUAGAGAGAGAGAUGGAGAGAUGGUUUUCAUUCUUGCAACUGAGACGUAAUGAGUUAUUAUGUGCACCGCAGUCGCACAGCAUCUAAAAAGAGAAGAGGCUGUUCAGCGCUGCGUGCUUGCUGCUGCAUGUGGGUGAUAACAUUCACUGAAGCCUGACCUAUUUGACAGGGAGAACAUAUCCAGACAUGGCUACAGUGCAAGAACAUCCUCACGAUACAACAGUGAACAAGAUUUUUGAAACCUCCAGUGUUUCGGACUCCAGAUUUAACCAAGGUCACUGCAGUGAAAGAGUGAAUCUAGAGGCUGCUCACCAGGCACUACAAAGAGAUACACUCAGAUGGGGGUGACAGUGGAUCCACAGUUGAAUUAUAAACAUCUCCACGAGGCAUUGUGGGGUUGCAUUAUGCAAUCACCAGCAUACAGAUUAUUCAGUCAAGUGACUUAGUUGGCCAGAGGGAGGCGCGGUGCAGCCGUUCGUCCUUCAUUUGAAUAUAACAAUUAAUGGGGAAGUUUGGCCCUUGUAAAGCAGAGUGGACAGAGCAGAGAUGCAAAGACGGUCAACAACUAAGCGGAGCAUAACCAAGCAUUUUAGGUAGUCUUGGAGAAGUCGGUGCAUGUGUUCCAACUUCACCACUGAGCUGAGACAAAUCUUUAAUAGACGGAGGGGAUUGCUUGCGGUCUGUAAAGCGCGCUGCACAGUGUGUGACAUAAGAUUUACAGCGCUGCCUGCAUAGGCAUUCUACAAGGUUCGUUGGGAGACUAACACCCCUUCAUCACCACACUGUGCGUAUCCUUCUUGGCGCUCUAAACCAGAUCAUCAGUGGAAGUGCUCCCGAGCUGCAGCAGCCCAACUGUGACAUCCUUCCACAAUUCAGAGUGCGCUCAGGCUGGCUGGCUGCUGCACAGGCACCAUGGAGCAGAAAUCACCUAAGGAUGAGAGCACCGCCAAAGGACAAGAGUCUCUGUCCUACCAGCGCAGGAUGUGGAAGAAUUUCCAGGAGAAAACCAAGCCUUGGCUGAGCCCUAAACUGGGAUCGGAGCGUCGGGGUGCCGGGGGCGCGGAGGGCAGCAAAAAGGAAUCGGGGUUAUGGAUGUUUAAGAGGAAAAAGAAACAGUUGGACCGGGUGUUUUCGUCGUCUCAGCCCAAUCUGUGCUGCUCUCCGCCAGCGCCUUUUCAAGGAGAUAAGAAGUCCCAUGGAGGCGACGCGGUCCCCGGCACCAGCAGCGACGGGCAGCCUCUACAUCACCUUGGCGCAGCUUCUGGAGCCACGGGGAGCAAACCCGAGCUGACGGCGCAUGGAAGCCCCAAACUCCCCGUAUCCCAGCUGAUCAUGUACCAGCAGAAGAGCUCCUCUCUCGGGUCGGCGUGUUUCGAGAAACUGGUGGUGGACCCGGCCGCGAUUUUGGGAGAGGAGGAGCAGCUGCGUAAAAACGCAAGUGAUUCUGGCAUCAACAUAGUGGGGCCCAGUAAUGCAGAGCCGCCGCCUCGACCUCCGAGCCCAGCCAUGUACCAGCUGGAUAUCGUCCUGAAGAAAGGGAACAACUUGGCCAUCCGAGAUCGGACAGGGACCAGUGACCCAUAUGUGAAGUUUAAGAUUGCAGGGAAGGAGGUAUUCAGGAGUAAGACCAUCCAUAAAAACCUCAACCCAGUGUGGGAUGAGAGAGUAAGUCUUCUGGUGGAAACCCUGAAGGACCCGCUAUAUGUCAAGGUUUUUGACUAUGACUUCGGACUUCAGGAUGAUUUCAUGGGCUCAGCUUACCUACACCUGGAGUCACUGGAACAUCAGAGGACACUGGAUGUGACGCUGGACCUGAAGGACCCACAGUACCCUGAACAUAACCUGGGCAGCCUGGAACUAGCUGUCACUCUGUCACCGAAGGAGGGAGAAAUGAAGGAUGCUACCAUGCUUUUGAGAAGGAACUGGAAACGAUCUAGUAAGUAUCAGAGUAUGCGUCUGUCAGAUGUGCACAGAAAAGCCCAGCUGUGGCGAGGUAUAGUCAGCAUCAGUCUUAUAGAAGGUCGCAGCCUCCAGCCAAUGGAUGCCAACGGCCUCAGCGACCCUUAUGUCAAAUUCAGGAUGGGGCACCAGAAGUACAAGAGCAAGACAAUUCCCAAAACGCUGAACCCUCAGUGGAGAGAGCAGUUUGACUUCCACCUGUAUGAGGAACAGGGAGGCUAUGUGGACAUAACAGUCUGGGACAAAGAUGCUGGCAAGAAGGACGACUUCAUGGGAAGGUGUACCAUUGACCUGUCGCAUCUCAGUAAAGAACACACACACAAGCUGGACCUGGAGCUGGAGGAGGGGGAAGGUGUGCUGGUGCUGCUGGUUACACUCACUGCUUCCGCUGCCGUUUCCAUCUCAGACCUGUCGAUCAACAUGCUGGACGACCCGCACGAGAGACACCAGAUCAUGCAGAGAUAUAGCCUGUGGAGGUCAUUCCACAACCUGAAAGAUGUCGGUGUGGUGCAGGUAAAGGUCAUCAGGGCUGAGGGACUGAUGGCAGCAGAUGUCACAGGUAAGAGUGACCCAUUCUGUGUGGUGGAGCUGAGUAAUGAUCGGCUGCAGACGCACACAGUCUACAAAAACCUCAACCCAGAGUGGAACAAGGUCUUCACUUUUAACGUGAAGGACAUCCACUCGGUGCUAGAGGUCACUGUUUACGACGAGGACCGAGACAGAAGUGCAGACUUCCUGGGGAAAGUGGCUAUUCCUUUACUAAAUAUCCAAAAUGGAGAACGCAAAGCCUACGCCUUGAAAAGCAAGGAGCUGACAGGGCCAACAAAAGGGGUCAUCUUUCUCGAAAUAGACGUGAUUUUUAAUGCUGUGAAGGCUGGUCUCAGGACGCUGAUUCCCAUUGAGCAGAAGUAUAUCGAGGAGGAGCCCAGAGUGUCCAAGCAGCUGCUGUUGCGCAACUUCAACAGAGUCAGACGCUGCAUCAUGUUCCUGAUCAACACAGGCUGCUACAUCAACAGCUGCUUCGAAUGGGACUCUCCACAGAGGAGCAUCUGUGCUUUUGUACUUUUUGUCAUCGUUGUCUGGAACUUUGAACUCUAUAUGAUUCCUCUGGCUUUGCUACUGCCUUUGGCCUGGAACUAUAUCCUCAUCACAUCGGGGAAGGAUACCAGGCAAGAUGUGCAAGCAGUGGAGGACCUGCUGGAGGACGAGGAUGAGGAUUUUGACAAAGAUGACAAGGACUCGGAGAGAAAGGGCUUCAUGAACAAGCUUUAUGCCAUUCAGGACGUGUGCAUCAGUGUGCAGAAUGCACUGGAUGAAGUGGCCUCCUAUGGCGAGAGGAUAAAGAACACAUUUAACUGGACUGUGCCUUUCUUAAGCUGGCUGGCCAUUGUGGCUUUCGGAGUGGCCACCAUCAUCAUUUACUUCAUCCCUCUACGAUACAUUGUGCUAGCCUGGGGUGUGAAUAAAUUCACCAAGAAGCUGCGAGACCCUUACACCAUUGAUAACAACGAGCUGCUAGACUUCCUGUCCAGAGUGCCCUCAGAUGUACAAGUGGUGCAGUACCGAGAGCUGAAACUGGAUCCCAAUCCCAGUCCAAAUAAAAGGAAGAAAAACAACCCCGGGUAGAUGACUGUGUCCGCCCACCAACUCUUCUCUUCUCCAUUUUUCUUCUCGUGCUCUAUUACUGGACACUGAGGAGCAGAGGAAGACGGCUCCGGACCCACUCGCCUCAGUUAUCCUUCCUUUUUUUUUAUUUCCUAUUUUCUUCUCUUAAACUGUUUUUUCUGUCUUUAAUUGCUCAUGACGUACAGUACAGUUUCCUGAGGUGUAAUUUUUGUAUUAAAAAAAAAAAAAAAGGACGAGUACAAGAAAUAUUCUUAUUACCAUUAUGCUUUUGAUUGAUUUUAAAUGCGAGUGGGAAGGAUGGAUGGAAUGACCUUUUUCUGCCGUGUGAGCCGCUCUCCUCCUUUUCUUCUCUCCAUCACUCUGACAGCUCCGAGGACUCUGUCCAUCUGCUUGCCACAAGUGUCACACAAUGAGUAAAACGAGUUUCAGCAUUUAUACACACACCGUCCCAUAAAGACAUUUUCAGUGUGUCCGUAUUUAUGAGAAUACAAGCCUUAUACUAUCAUUCUGCAUUAUCACACUGCAAUAGACUUUUAAGGUUUUUUUUUUUUUUUAGCUCAAAUUGUAGUUAUUAAAUGAUUUUGGUAAUAUGUUCAUAUUUUCUAAUUGUUUUUGUACUGAAGUAUCUUUUGUUUUGUUCCUCUCUUGGAUGUGGUAAUGAUGUUAUGUUCCCUGGCAGUAAUUUGGAUUGUUUCCACUUAACUCAGCCAGCCAAGUUGAUUAGCAAUUAUGGUAGUAGCCUCCAGAUACUAUGUCCUUCUACACAAACACAAACCUGGACCAACAGGCUGAGGGCUUGUGGUGGUAUCUGUGCUUUAAUACAAUGGCCAAAUUUGCUUUUUUUAAAAAAAGAUAUUAAUCCAGAACAUAAAAAAAAAAUCAAACCACAGUGGGCAGUGGUAUUAGUUUAAAGUACAGUGAGUCUGUUCCUCUUAAAAUAGAUUGCGAUUACAUAAUUGUCAUUAAAAAAAAUACCCAGAGGGAAAAAAAGAACAACACUAGAGUUGGCGGCAAACCUGCUCACUUCUAAAUGUCCAGAUAAUUUAGCUGUAGCCUCGUUUAACCCCUUAAAAACAUGUCAAAGUCCACUGUCAGUCAAUCAGUGAGACUCCUUCUCCAUCUGUCAGGAGCAGCAGACUGGGCCUUCUGCCGUCUUGGUGUUAAUAUAGAUGUCACCCAGUCUAUGCAGAGUGUCGCCAGGCAGGCAGGCCUUUAGGCAGCCACAGCCCCUAAUCUUGUUUGAAAGGCUGGUCUCCUUUCCUCUCAUCUCCCCGUGCGUUUGCCUCGGCGGCCACACAAGACAGCAUCCGCACACUCACACACACAAGCAUGCAUGCAGACACCAAAAUAAAAAAAUAAAAAAAAGAAAGAAAGAAAACCAUCCUCUCACGUGAAUACACUGCUUCUUUAAGAGAUCUCGCGUACACAUACUGUACCUACUUGCUCACAGAUGAAAGCAUAACAUCCCAUUUGAGCAGGCACAUUCUACUCCCUCUCAGGCACACACACACACACACACUCACACAAACAUGCUCUCUGUGAUGCUGUGCCCCAGGCUGGCCGCCCUCUCCAUCUGCCCCACCUCCUGUGCCCACAGCUCAACUUUGAUCUGUCUUUCCAGAGACAGAGGCUUGUGUAUGUGAACUGUGCAUGUAAGAGUGUUUGCGUAUACACGUUUAUGCAAUCAAAGACACGUUGCUUUUCUCAGCGUCGGUGUGUGUUACAAUUGUAUCUCCCCUCCAGCUGUAGACUGAUGCGUUAGAUUCAGUCGAUGUGUGUGUCAGCAUGCAAAAGUGUGUGUGUGUGUGUGUGGUGCAGCACAAGUGCCAGCUGUUAUUUGGUGUGGAGUUUGCUGGUGUAGAGGGCCGUCAGCUAGAUGAGCAGCAAGUCGCUGUGUGACAAGGCAAGGCUCUGAGGGGACUUCGGCCUGAGAUGUCAGGGAUGGAGGGAUGUGUGUAUGUGUGUGUGUGUUUUAUGCUAUUUCAGAUCCCUCUUCCCAUCAUGCUUCUCUGCGUUUGCUCUCUCUGCGGUUCCCUCAUUCGUCAGUGAGCGGGGUUGCGACCCUGUCUGAAGGGACGGUCUCCUGGGCUUCUUGCUGAGCAUCUGUUGAAAGAUCACAGCUCAGGCUACAUUUGAGGAGGUCUCCUCUCAUCCUACUGAUCCCUUCCUCCAUCUCCCCCCCUCUUUCUCCAUCUUUUUGUUCCCUUUCCCCUCUUUGUCUGUGUGUCCGUCUCUCUGUCUGUCUUUAUCAUUCUACACCUCCUCCCCACCACAACUACAGCUCUCCUCUGCCAUUUUGUCAUCCUCUCUGCCCUGCCUGUCUGCUUGCCAUCGCCUGUACCCUCUCCCCCCCUCUGUCUUCACCCAUCCAUCUCCAUGCUUAAAUAUCAACAGGCUUGGAUCUGUCACUCCAGAGGGCCAUUGAUUUUGUUUUGUUGUUUUGAGGAAUCCACUUGAAAGACAAUAACAGACUGUCCCCUAAGAGCAGCGUCGCAGACUGAUUAUAGCCUCCUCAACAAACACACUCUGUGGCUCGUGAAGGAUGGCUUUUUAUAAUGCCUGAAGGGACUGUUUGAAUAUCUGAUAUAUAUGUGUCUACUACUGUAUGUAGUUAUUUUACAGCAAAUUGUGGUGACUAUUGUGUGGUAUUGCAUCCAAAUACCAUUAUUUUGUUAUUUAUUAUUGGGUUUUGGCUCUGUUUGCAAGCAAACCAAAGUGUUUUUAUUUUGUAUGAUGUAGAGAAAAUAAAUUAUAUAAAGGAAUGUAUCAGACAGACAGCUGUAAAGGGAAAAAAAGCACUUUUAUUUGCACCAAGUUGCAAUGAGACUAUUUAUUUUUUAAAUAAUACUGUACAUAGCUAACUACUUAAUUUAUGUUUGUAUUUUAUACAGUAUGCCUGUUGAUGGUCUGGUGAUGAUGUUGUAAAGUAGGUGUAUGCCUGCAUCAUUUUAUAAGAUCCAUCUUUUUUCCGCCUGCAACGUUGCCUGCCUGUGACAAAAUCUUCAUGUGCCCAGUUCUGACCAAUGACAUUUUGGGACAGGAAUAAAGAGCUGAGACAUGGGUUGGUCAGGAGGGGGUGAGAGAAAAUAUGAUGUAUAUUUACGGUUUGAGGACUGAAAUGCAUCUGAUGUAUGUUGCUUAUUUUGAAAGAAAAGAGAAGAAAACAAACACAAGAUUAAAUAUUUUUUAUCAUCUUCAAAGUGUCUGGAUUAUUGCGAAAUUUGUUUUCCACUUCAGCACCAAGACUGGAAGCAGCAAGGGAAAUAGACGGCUAUUCAUCUCAGUCUGAGAUACCGAAUACUUACACAUUUCAGGUUCAGAUCCC